AUGCUCGAUUCAACACCACCAGGCCAGCUCGCUGACCUCUUUGCAAGCAUGAUUGAUCUCAGCAUGGAAGAAAAGCUCGAGAUUCUGGAAACCACCAACGUGAAAACGCGGAUCAAGAGGACCGCGGAGCUGUUGACGCGUCAAAUACAAGUCCUCAAGAUCUCGCAAAAGCUGCAGUCGACUGUGGAUUCCAAGCUGGGGAAGAAACAGCGAGAGUUCUUUUUGCGUCAGCAGCUCGAUGCGAUCAAGAAGGAGCUUGGCGAAUCAGAUGACGGCGAGGAAGACGACGUAGCCGAUCUGAACAACCGGAUAGCCGAAGCCAAACUCCCAGAUGAGGCCAGCAAAGCAGCAGGGCGCGAACUACGGCGCCUGAAGCGCAUGCAUCCCAGUAUGGCAGAAUACCAGGUGGUCCGAACCUACCUGGAAUGGCUCUCGGAGUUGCCAUGGGGCAAGCACUCAGAGGACAUCAUGGACAUUGCCAAAGCGCGCCAGCAAUUAGACGAUGACCACUUUGGCCUGGAGAAAGUCAAGACACGGAUAUUGGAGUACCUUGCGGUUCGGAAACUGAAGCAGGAUCUGAAGGGACCGAUUUUGUGUUUGCUUGGGCCGCCGGGGGUUGGAAAAACGAGUCUGGGCAAAUCGCUGGCUACGGCCUUGGGUCGCACGUUUCAUCGCAUUUCGCUGGGCGGAGUGCGAGAUGAGGCUGAGAUUCGUGGACAUCGGCGGACGUAUAUUGGGGCGUUACCGGGACGGAUUGUGCAGGGUUUGCGUCGAUGUGGUGUGAACAAUCCCGUCAUCCUGCUAGACGAGAUCGACAAGUUGGGUCGUGACAACCGUGGCGAUCCAUCAUCGGCAUUACUGGAAGUCCUGGAUCCCGAACAGAACUCCACAUUCACAGAUCAUUACUUGAAUCUGCCUUUUGACCUCUCCAAUGUCUUGUUCGUGGCGACUGCGAACGAUGCUGACACAAUUCCAGGCCCUCUCUAUGACCGCAUGGAGGUCAUCCGAAUCCCGGGCUACACAUUCGACGAAAAGCUGCAUAUCGCAGAACGCCACCUCCUCCCAAAACAAAUCAAAGCCCACGGCCUCGAACCCGAGGACAUCCAAAUCGACCGCGAGGUUCUCCUCAAAAUCGCCAUCGGCUACACCCGCGAAGCCGGCGUCCGUAGCCUCGAACGCGAGAUUGGCGCUGUGUGCCGAGCCAUGGCUGUCGAGUUUGCAGAUGCAAAGGAAAAAGGGACCGCUUUUGAUGGGCAUGUUACGGUUGAGAAGCUGGAGAAGAUACUGGGACCGGAGAGAUUUGAUGAUGAGGUUGCGGAACGGGCGUCUGUGCCGGGGAUUGCUUCGGGGCUGGCGUGGACGGCGAGUGGGGCGGGGGGAUUGCUGUUUAUUGAGGCGACGCAGAUGCCUGGAAGGGGUGUGUUACAUCUCACUGGCAAACUAGGCGACGUGAUCAAAGAAUCCGCCCAAAUAGGCCUAACCUGGGUCCGCGCCAACAGCCACCGCCUCGGCCUCUCCCCCUCCUCCACCGCCAACGUCCUCGAAAACCUCGAUGUCCACAUCCACCUCCCCGCAGGCGCCACCCCUAAAGAUGGGCCUAGCGCCGGCAUUACCAUCGUCACCGCCCUAGUCUCCCUCUUCACCCGCAAGCCCGUCCGCCCACAUACAGCCAUGACGGGCGAAAUCACCCUCCGCGGGAACGUCCUCCCCGUCGGCGGGGUGAAGGAGAAAGUCCUCGCGGCCCAUCGCACGGGGAUCAAACGGAUCAUCAUGCCCUUCCGUAACGCCAACGACCUUGCGGAUGUGCCGGCGUACGUGAAGGACGAGAUUGAGUUUGUGAUGGCAAAGACGAUCGAUGAUGUCCUGGCGGCGGCGUUUGAGGAUGGGGUGGCGGCGGACGCGGUGCCGGUUGUGGAGGGAAAGGAUAGUCCGCCGGAACAGAAGCCGGAGCAUACGCCCGAGACGUCAACUCCGCCGCCGCAGUGGUGCAUGAAGGCGAGACUGUGA